CAAUCAUGGCCUGAUUCCCAACUUAUAGCACGCCGCCGGCCUCCUCCGUCAAACCCUCCAGACAGCCGAGGCACCAGCCGCCGCUCCAGCCACCUCCGAGCAUCCUCUACCAGUCUCUCCUCACCAUCGAUCUUCCUCCGUCGCUCCCGAGCGUGUUUUCGUCGAUUCCCACCGCCGGUCCGUCCCUCCUCCAUCGACCAAAUUGAUCUUUGUUUGAUUUUUAGGUUUGAGCACCCAUAGCUUAUUUCAUUAUGGCAAGUGAAGACUCUAAAGACUUGCUGAAGAAUGUGGAUUGGAAGACAGUGGGCAAUGCUGUCAAUAGUGAUUCACUUGGACCAGUCACUAAAAAGCGGCUUCCUAAGAAAAUUAGAGAAGUCCCUGACUAUUAUUUUCUUCCACGAAGGUCAUUACCUUCUUCUAUUGCAAUUUUUGGAGCUAUCUGUGCAGCUGGAGUUGGAGCAGGAAUGCUGCUGGAGGUUUGGAUUAACAAAAAGAUUAAAGAGGAUGGUGGAGUCCUUUGGGAGAGGGACAAAUUCUGAAAGCAAUUACGCAGAUGGAAAGCAGUUAUAUCAUCGAUCGUAGCAGGAAAGAUUACCAGCAUUACAAUGAGCAAUUAGCUCUCAAGCUUUCCUGUCCGGUUGCAGCAGAAUCCCUACAUGCAUGGGUAAGCCGUCUUGUCUUUGUCUUGUUUGAGGUAUAUUUGUUUUUGGCUACGUAGAAUGGAUCGUCAACAUAAACUCCAUAGAGGAAAAAGAAAAAGAAAAAGAAAAUUCACAUUUAUUUGGGAUGAGUCUGACAUCAUGUCGAAAUUUAUCAAGUUUGGAUUCUGAUACAUUGGGAUGGAACAACAGACACCAAAGUCAGGCUUUGGAUCCAAUGUCUUCAUUUCCAUCACUUAAAAAGUGGAUGAUGGUUUUCUAAUCGAAUAAUUCGUUCUGGUUUUUGAAAAUUACGGUGAUCCAACUUUUAUUUUGUUAUAUAAUUUUUAACUGUUUCAAAGUCAAAAUUGGUCAAAAUUGACUAGAUCAAAUCAGCACAUACCAUUUCUCAUCGAGGUUUGGAGAACCACGCCGAACGAAGCAAUUUUUGUAGGGUGAAUCGGUCCGGCUCAUUCGAUUUUACGGUUUAAAUGGGCGUGAACCGUAAUGGGUCUUAGCAAACUGAGGACGACGUGCUGGUUGCCCAUUCGGUUCUUUCCUAAUACACCGCCCGGUUCCGAUUUAAGUCUCUCUCUCUCUCUCUCUCUCUCUCGGGAGAUGCCACCAUGUUGUCGUCGGCGGCGUCCCUCGCUUCCAAACGCCUCCCCGCGAUCUGUCGAUUUCUCCGCUCCUCCUCUCCGGUUGCAUUCGCCCCCGCCAGAUCUUUCUCCACUGCUUUGAACUACCACCUUGAUUCGCCUGACAGCAAUUCGGAUCUUCCAUGGGACUUUAGUGAAGCAAAUAAGGAAAAGGUCAAGGAGAUACUCUCCCAUUAUCCUUCCAACUAUAAGCAGUCUGCUGUUAUUCCACUGUUGGAUCUUGCACAGCAGCAACAUGGCGGAUGGCUACCACUGUCUGCAAUGAAUGUGAUUGCUAAAGUUAUAGAGGUUGCUCCUAUUCGUGUGUAUGAAGUUGCAACUUUCUAUUCGAUGUUUAAUCGGACAAAGGUUGGUAAGUAUCAUCUUUUGGUUUGUGGAACAACGCCCUGUAUGAUACGUGGAUCUCGUGAGAUUGAAGAAGCCCUGCUAAAACACCUGGGUGUUAAACGCAAUGAAGUGACCAAGGAUGGAAUGUUUUCUGUUGGUGAAAUGGAGUGCAUGGGCUGUUGUGUUAAUGCUCCAAUGAUCACUGUGGCUGACUACAGCAAUGGUUCAGAAGGAUAUACAUACAAUUAUUAUGAAGAUGUUACACCCAAACGAGUAGUUGAGAUUGUUGAGAUGUUGAGAAGGGGAGAAAAACCUCCAGUAGGGACGCAAAAUCCUGAUCGCAUUAGGAGCGGACCAGCUGGAGGGAACACUAGCUUGCUCGGGGAGCCAAAGCCUCCACCGUGCAGGGAUCUGGAUGCCUGCUGAUCAUCGGUUGAGUUGUGCCAUGAAUAUCAAGAAUUGGUGCAACUUGGCCUCAAAAAAUCUUGAGAAGCUUGCCAUUUCACCAGUUUCGACGAUGAGCAAUAGAGACAAUGGUUUUGUUAUCUACUUAUAUUAUCUCAAGAUAAAUUGCAACCAUAUGGCGUUCUGUAUUUAAUCUUGGUUUCAAUAGCCAUCAUUGUCAAAAAAGUGGUUGGCUUUGACAAACUGAAGUAUAAACGACACCAACGAGCGUCUUAGAUGGUGUUGGCCUCCUAAUAAACAAAUGACUCUUGGUAUCA